AUGAGCAACUUUACGCAAGGACAGGACUGGGAACCAGCUGGCUGGGGCAGCCGCCCGGCCCCUCGCGGCGCAGCGAAGCAGCAGAUGCUCAACAGCGCGCGUCGCACGGGUGACGUGGUCACGGAAACCAAAUACGGGGCCGGGACGAACAAGGGCGCGCACAGCGGCGCGACUGUGAACGCCCGCAAGCUCGAGGAAGACACGGAGCACUUUAAACACGACGUGGUGGACCGUAGUCUGUCGCAGGCGCUCAUGAAGGCGCGCAUGGCCAAGAAGAUGAACCAGAAGCAGCUGGGCACGCUCAUUAAUGAGAAACCACAGGUCAUUGCCGACUACGAGUCGGGCCGCGCGAUUCCGAAUGGACAGAUCAUCUCGAAACUGAAUCGCGCACUGGGCGUGCAGCUCCCGCGCGGCCACAAGCCGAAGAAAAGUGCCGCGUAG